CAACGCCACUGGUGGCGGAUAGGAAAAACACAGGUCGUCGUAUAAUCGUGACAUUCUCCGCCGCAGAACCUGUUUCAGAACCUGUACAUGAGACAAUGAAUAAUGAUCUGUUAGAGCAACCAAUGAUAGAAGGACAUUCCGUUCAUCCCUUGGCGGGCAAUGGAGUAGACUGCGCACGCAUGUAUGAAUAAUGGAUCUGAGCGUCUUGAGGGACAUCUUUAGAAUAUUUAUUACGGGCCGCAUAAAUUAACAAUAUCUUAUCCUAGACCUAUGUCUUUCACUUCCUUAGAAAUUUUGUUGUCUUUCCGUCUUGCGCCAUUUCCUUCUCGCCUUCCUCCUCAUCACCGCACACGUAGACACUUUUUUCCACGAAACACAACGCUCCCGCUCCAUUUAUUCAGGAAGAUGAGGCCCAUUGAAUCAUCGGGUCAGAAACACCAGGACAGGUGACCCUGCACCAGAAAAGAAAGGAUAGGUGUCGAAGAUCCAAAGCGAAGAAAGGGAGGUUUUUAAUCUAUUCCAGUUUUUGAUUCUUGAACGUGACUUCUUUCUAUUGCAAUCGAAAAAUACAAAUUAGAAUAAACGAUCGUUUAGAAACAUCAAAGUCUUUUUGAAUUCCCGCGCAUUCCUGCUAACAGACACCAACCCAUGUACCUUUUUCUUGAAAGAACCCAAGAAAAAACGUAACAGGAUCGAAAGAAUAAUGUCGUUGUUUUAAAAUUACAAUCGAUUCUCGAUUAAUAUUAACUGGUAUUAGAAAUCAGAGAAUUCAUGUAUUCACGUUUUGUCCACAUACAUACGUAUGCUGAUAUAUGUUAACGAUGAUAAAGCUAUAACGUUUUGUUGCAUAUAUUAUAAGUUUCAUAUUUUUCGCAUAGUGAUUUAAGGUUUAACGACAAAAUUACAAAACGGUAGCCAUGGCUGACGAAAACUCAACAAACCAAACGGAAGAUCAAGAAUUAAACGAUUUGUUAGACAGUGCUUUGAAGGACUUCAACAAAGAACAAAUAUCAGAUAAAGAAGAUAUGUGUAAAGCAGACACUUUAGAAUCUACAACAGAUAAGAAUACAACUGAUAUAUCGGAAGAUACUUGGACUACAGAUUUUGUUAAACAAGCAGCAGAACAAUUUGUAGAAAGCCUACGAAAUUUCAUUCAAAAUGAAACAGAUAGCGAAUUAGGAGUUUCUUCUCAAAGGAUGGCACAGACAGUUGCUAGUGUGAUAAACAACGAAGAAACCUUUGAUAAAGAUAGUGUGAGUAGAGACUUUCAAACUGCCAUUGCACAAGCAUUGAACGACUUGUCCACAACGUCCGAAAACUUACAGAGCGAGGCUGACUUAUCUGAAAUGUUUGGACUAGCAUCCUUGGAAGAUGGGCCAGAUGCCAUUCCACCGUUCAUGCAAGGAAUGCUACAGCAUUUAUUGUCAAAAGAAAUUUUGUAUCCGUCACUAAAGGAAUUAGUAGAUAAGUACCCUGAAUGGUUAGAAGAGAAGAAGGCAGUGAUAUCAUCGAGCGACCUUCAGAGGUUUAGAAAACAGCUUGAAUUAAUGCAGCAGGUGUGUACGGAACUCGAUAAAGAGAAAGAUGGUGAUACGGAAGAAGUGAAGAAGAAACGUUUCGAAACAAUAAUAUCAUUUAUGCAAGAAGUACAAGCUUGUGGUCAAUUACCUGAAGAAUUAAUAGGAGAACAGACAACGCCUUUUCAAACUGAUACUGAGGGCGAUCCUGUGAUUCCAACGUUACUACGCAGCAUGGAAACACCGCAGAAUUGUUGCUUAAUGUAAAUCCAUCCUAAUAAUUAUUCUUCGACCUCUGUGUUUAUAAUAAUACAAGAGGUCGUUGUUUAAAAUAAAAAUAUCGAGGUAAAUAAUGAAUUGGGAUGUUCAAUCCAUGGAUCUUUUAGAUGUGUUGUAAUAUACAUAUAUAGCAUAUAAUAUACAUGUAUUACAAUAUACAUAUCUGCUAUAAGGGAUAUAUGGAAGACUAUUUAACAUAAUUUAUUAUUCUCAAUAAUGAUAUUUAUCAGUACAUCAUGUUUGUAAAUAGUAAUGUUCCUUGUAUGUGAGUAUAUACAUGCGUACGUAUGUACGUAUAUGUAUUGCUGCAAACAUUAGAUAUUUUUUGUAUACGCUUGAAAAUAAUAGAACAUCAUUACAUUUGUAAAGAG